AAUAGGCUUAAUUUUUUAUGAUAAUAAUGAUAAUACAUUUAUUUAAAACUUUAAUCUUUUAUAAUUUAAUGUAUAUUCGAAGAAACGAGUAAUUAUUUAAAUCACAAUUUCGCAGAUAAUCUUUUCUUUCAUUUUGUAUCGAUGCUAUACACUUUAGCUCUAGCAACACUAAUUUCUAAUUCACCCUUAUAGUUAGCGGGAAAUUUGAAAUAGUUCAACGGGAAUCACGCCCUAACUCAAAUAAUAACGCGUUUAAUAUUUAAUAAAAACAAAUGCACAAGGGGCAGCGAGUAACAUUAAUGAACUGUUAUUUGAACAAACGUCACACGGAAUCUAUGUGUUGAGUCAAAACUAAUUUACGGGAGUGCCGGGGGUUGAUAGCGUAAUACAAGGUGUGGCAAACCACUCCUAGGAAUAGAGUCAAUUAGUUUUUAUUCCGAGUGAACCGUUUAGCGGACGCGUCGUAUUCACAAACGUUUAUAUUGUAUAUAUUUGUUGAUAAAGACAUAUUAUAAACACAAUGGAGAUUGGAGAGAAGAUCUUCGCGGGUAUGGAGGAACCGCAAUGGCUGGAGCAGAAAGUUAUGGGCGAACUGAAGCUCUGGCACAUUAUGUUUAUUUGUUUAGGCGUGGUGACAGUUAUGAUCGUGAUGGUGUGCUGCUGUUUCCGGUUCCGGAUUCCCCGCACGAAGCAGCAGAUAGAGGCGGACUACCAGCGGCGGAAGAUAACCGCCAAGUUCCGGCAUCAGCUCGAGACCAUACAGGACAACAACAUGGACGCCAUGUCGCUCACUGACGCGUUGGAGUUGCUUCACGAGAAGACGGAGAAAUCUAAACCUAUGGAUAAAUUGGAUAACAACGGGUCACAGCAGAGCUCGGUCGUUUCGCCGCAGCAAAGUUCGCUGGAUGCGGCGUUCCCCGAGGGGCAGCCGCAGAAGCCCGAGCCGCAGGUGGCGGGACUCAGCUUCGUGAAGUUCGCCACCAAGGUUAGCCACCUCGCCAAGCUGGGCGGGGGCGGCAAGACGCCGGCGGACCCGCCCGCGCCAAACAAGAUGGACUUUUAAAUUGACUUAUGUCGGUAGAAUAACGUGUUACACAACGAAGGCUGCAAAAUUAUCUGACACGAUCUUAUUUGUAGGGCAAUAAGAGCGUGUCACAUAUUUUUGCGGCCUUCGUUGUGAAAGUUAUUAUUUAAUGUGACUGUAGGUACCUGGUUCGUCCACAUAUGGCGUCGCUUGCGCACUGUAUAGUCCGACAAGAAAUUGUAGAAAAAUAUUGAGGGCGCCACUUCCUACGUAACUGUUACAUUCUUGACGUAAAAUGCUUAAACAUGGCAACAAUUUAGUAUGGAAUUUUUUAGUUCCAUAUUAUUUAAUUUCUACUAUUUCAUGUCGCACUAUACGCGUCUUACAAUAGAUUGAUGAAGCUGUAUAGGGCCGUACUAGAGGCAGUACGGCCCAGCCAGGAUGAAAAUCGUACUUCGACGAAUGAAAACAAAAAAUGUAUCGGGAUAACAGAUGCCACGCAAAAUCACGUGACCAUUUCCAUUAACCUUUUGGAUGCCAAUGACCGAUAUAUCCGCACCGCAGGUUCAACGCCAAAGACGGAUUAAUCGGUCACAGACCACAGAUCAACAUAGACCUACGUGCAUACAGGGUGUCCCAGAAAUCGACGUCAAGCCGUAAACGGAUGAUAGACCAAGCGGCUUAGCACGGUCGCGUUUUUAUCCCUUGUCACCAUGCCUGUCACGUUCUAACAAGUAUGUAAGUGCGAAAGGGACGCGCAUAGUGAUAGUCGAUAAAAAUGGAACCGUGCUGAGCCCGCAAGUCAUAACAGUUAUCAUAAAAAUACAAAAAAAAAUCCAACUCAUGUUCUUUAAAAAUUAUGGUCACUUUAAAAAUUCACUAAAAAAUGCACACCCUGUAAUGGUUCUUUAGCUCUUGUUAUUACAAAUUCCAUAAUUUAUUCUAAUUUUAUUAUUAUUAUGUAAUCUUGAAUAAUUACAGGGUGUGGAUUUUUUAGUCAAUUUUUAAUGUGACCAUAGUUUUUAAAGAACAAAAGUUGGAUUUUUUUUUGUAUUCUUAUGAUAACUGUUAUGACUUGGUCUAUUAUCCGUUUACGGCUUGACGUCGAUUUCUGGGACACCCUGUAUACAUAAAGAUCAAUUUCAGUUUUGACACUUCGGUGACGUGGCGUCCGAGUGACAGCGUUUGUGUUUGUCACGGCGUCGAAAAGGUUAAUUAUUUAAGUUUCUAUUGGCGUUUUCUAUCACCGAUGGUCAUCUUGGUCAUCCCCCCUCAUGUUUACCAGAUGUGGACACACCUUAUCUUAUAUUUCGAACUACCUAGUUACAUUACAUAUUAUGAACAUAGUUUUUGAAAAACAUUAUUUGGUUUAGAUAUAAACAUUAUCUCAUGCAAGUGUGAUAAAAUCAUUGUCGGAAACGACAUGGAGGAUGUAUAUAUUAUGUUCUAUUGACGUAUUAGUAAACAUUUAUUGUAGCAUACUGACAAGUUUGUUUACAAACACAGAAAGCAUACUGUAUUAAAUAUACAAUCCUAGUUAUAGAAUGUAGUGUUGCUACUCUUGAAGAAAAAACAAACAUACCUAGUUUUAUAUUUCGAUUGUUUUACCAUUUACCUCUAGUACUGAUCAAGGAUGUAUGAAAUUAGUAAUGUGAAUAAAUAUUCUCUAUUCUAAACGUAACGGGUCAUUCACUUGUAUAAUACAAAAAAAAUAUCUGUUUUAUUCCCGAAAGUUAAGGAUGAGCCUAAUUUCUGGAAGUGGCUUGUAUAGCAAAUCCGCACCCAGGUCGGAGUUUCAAUUUUAUAGGCAUUUGUUUCACAAAUAUACUUAACUUAUCGAGUACAGAAAAGACAUGUAGAACCUAAGUUUGUGUUUAAACAAAGGUAAUGAAUUUAUGAUAUAUUUUAUGAAGACAUGUGUAGUAAAUAUUAUUUUGAACCUGUUUAUAAUUAUAUUAUAAUAAAUAAAAUAAGUUAAGUCAUUUGGAAUAUAAAUGUACUGUAUGUUAAUCUUUUACCUAUAUCGCAACCAUAUGAUAGAUAGGUAGUGCACCUGAAAACGGUAGAAAUGAGAACAAUAAAUAAUUGCAGUAA